AUGGAUUCACAACUAACUCCCUUGCCUCCUCGUUCAAUUCAGGAGAGGCCGGUAAAGAGGUUUUGUACUGGUUCACCUGCACUCACGGAUCGCUCGCCAUCCGACGCCCUGGACCUAUUGAUCAAAGACGAUCAACUGCCAGUAUACCUGAAGACAGUCGUUGGACAUCUUCUAGAAAACGCGAAUACGAUCAAGAAAGAACGGGGGAGGUCGGUUGUUAUAGCAGGCAUCUCGGAAUCAACAGAUUCAAGUGCAAUGAACAGAGUUUCCCAUGAUGUUGAGUGUGUUAAAAAGACAUCGAAUGUUCUCCUACGGCUAUUCACCGUAUGGGGAAGAGAUCAGGUGUUCCCAGGCUUCUUAAAAUUGUAUUACCUAGCAGCUAUUUUGUAA